UAAGUAGGUGGUAGCAGUCGUUGGGACUGAAAGAGAACAUCAAAAGUCGAGUCUGUGAUAGAAGACGACAGGCGAGAAAUUCCUGCCCGUAGGAGUAAGCUGUUUUCCGGUGCUAUUGUUUGCGGAAAACUAUUGAAACAAUCCGGCCGCUAUAGUUCAGUUCGGAAAAAACUAUGUCAACUAGUGCCGGUUCAAGUAGCACUGCUGGCGCAGCAGCAGGAGCCGGUGGUGGUGCUGCCGGCAGUGGUGGAGGCGGAGGAAGCGCUGGCUCGGGAGGAGGACGUCGUAACGGCAAUGGAAAUGGUAGUGGAAACACUACACCCGAAACUCCAUCAGUGCCCAAACCUGAUACGAAGGAAACCAAGUCUAAUCCUAAGAUCUCCAAGGCACUAGGAACGUCAGCCAAGCGCAUCCAAAAGGAGCUAGCUGAAAUCACACUAGAUCCGCCACCAAAUUGCAGUGCUGGUCCAAAAGGAGACAAUCUGUACGAGUGGGUUUCCACCAUUCUAGGACCGCCAGGUUCAGUGUAUGAGGGAGGUGUAUUUUUCCUGGACAUUCACUUCUCCCCUGAAUAUCCGUUUAAACCUCCUAAGGUCACAUUUAGAACGAGGAUAUAUCACUGUAAUAUCAAUAGUCAAGGCGUGAUUUGUCUUGAUAUCCUCAAGGACAAUUGGUCGCCGGCACUAACUAUUUCUAAAGUGCUUCUCUCCAUUUGUUCCCUUUUAACAGACUGCAAUCCAGCCGAUCCAUUGGUUGGAAGUAUUGCCACACAAUAUCUGCAGAAUCGUGAAGAGCAUGACCGGAUUGCUCGCCUAUGGACUAAGCGAUAUGCUACGUGAUUUCCUAACUCUGAGGUUCUGUAUAUUUUUAUGUGAAAAUCAGUAAUAUUUAUAAAUCUAACCGUAACGAAGGAAGCAUACUACAACUAAAAAUAAUUUACAACAGAAAAAACCGUUCACAGAAGGGAAUAAAAUACACCAUACCGAGGGGAAAUCAGAACUGCAAUUAUGCAGAUACCGAAGAAAUCUGUUCAUAAAAUUCAAAAUCCAGCAACGACCUGGAAUAGUUUUUUAUCACGGCUACUUCAAUUUAGUUUUUACCGAUGUUCAAAUCUCACAGUAACUGAGUCUGUUCAAGAGCUGUACUACAUAAAAUGACAUCCAGUUUUUGCUAACGUUCAAGAUAAAGCAAAAAAAAAAUAUCACUGAAAUUUUUCCCCUUAAAAUUUAGGCAUUCAAUUAAACAAAUAAUACUUUUUAAAUCACAAGUUGUCAACCAUUAAAACCCUAUCAGCAAGUCUCGUCAGUUUGUUUUCAUUUGGCACCACAAAAACAUACAGAACUCAGCAGGAGGGUGAAGGCGACAUAACGCUUGCAUCAAAUGAUUAAAUUAGGUUAAUUUUACUAAAUAAUACGUGUAAGCAGCAGACUGAGAACUGCAGAUUACGAAGAAACAACAUGCUAAUCAUUGCGUGUGGAUGGUCGUUUUCGUUGGUUACGAGAGAUUUUUGUUUGUUUAACAUCUUUUCUAUCAGUUGCAAGUCUCUGUGCACAACAAACAUUUUGCUGAAGCAAUAAUUUUGUUUGUGAAAACGCAGCUAACGAUUGUCGAAAGCAACCGGUGAAAAAUGUGAUGUUAUAGGAAUUUUAAGACUGACCGAUGAAUGCUACAAUCGUCGCAGGAUCACAUUGAAAUAGUACGCCGCGCUCGCGUUUUCAGAAAACAUAUUUAAACUAUUGUUCCUACGUAUCGUCAAACUAUUGCUUUACCUAUUUUCUAAGUAAAACUGUUCGUUUCGGCUCGCAGCUCUACUAUAUGUUGAGCAAUUCAUGCGCUCAACGAAAAAUUCAAAAUGAAUUUAGAGGUUGACUUUUCAAAACCGUUAAGAGAGACUCUAAGGACAAACGUGGAAAAGAAUGUGAAUAAUGUGAUAUGUAAAAAAAAAACGAAUUGAAAAACCAACAGAAUUAAAUGACGAAAUGUAGAUGGAGCAGCCUUCGUUUCGCAGCCGGACUCAGCCAUUGACAAAUACAUUUUAGUUAUACCGCCAAACGGAGCUGUCCUCGGUGGCUUGAAAAAGCCUGUGACUCUCCUGGAUCUCGAUUUAUGUGAAAGCUUCAUAUCAAUGCUGGGAACUUCCAUGCCAACUCCACUAAAAUAAAAAAAUAUAUAUAAAAAAACUCGCGACGCAAUCCGUUGAUCUGCCGCUGCAGAACGAAUGCUAGAACGAUCGAGAACUUAUGAGUCAUAUAAACUACUCUGAACAGUUCUUGAAAUAGCAAAAGUGAUGAAAAUUCUUCAACGUUCUCCUUAUUUUUCAAACAGCCAUCAAGAGCAAAAUUCAGCCAAUCGUAUAAACGUAAAUUUGGAAGGAAUGGAGAUAACCGUAUUGAAACAAAAACAAUAUUUAAACUAUACAGAUAAUAAAAUGCAGUAAAUGUG